AUGAUCAACAGUUGCCUCUCGUCCUUCUCACACAGCCGGCGCCUGCUGCAAUCGCAGCCGUCCGUCUCGUUCCUACCUUCGCGAUCACGAGCCUCUGUCAUCACUCCACCAACUGCCAUCGCCGCUCCUCGCGCGUCGCUCGCCGCAGUCCCGCCACCCAAUCCUCGCGUCAGCCUUUUCAGCAAGACAUCCGCGUCCCCGUUGCUGCCGUCUCGUGAACCUCUCCUCUCGCGCCGGCCCGCAGAUUCCGUUAGAGCCUCGGCAGCAGCAGGCGCGGCGGCGUUCGGCGAUGGCGCGAGGGCCUUCGACGACAGCUUGCCGUUUCCUCCCCCCACACAGACGAGCGUGCUGAACCGGUUCCGCGCCAUUCUGUUCUACCUGGUGACGCUGAUCAUCGCGACGCCGCUGUUCGUGCUCAUGCUCGUCGUGCAGCCGUUCGUGCUGUUGCUCGACCGCACCAAGCGCCGCGCGCAGCACGUCAUCAACAACGUCUGGGCCAACACCACCACCGCCGUCUUCUACCCCACGGAGGUAGUGGGCGUGGAGAACCUCCCCCCCCCGGACGCGCCGGCAGUGUACGUGGCGAACCACCAGAGCUUCCUGGACAUCUACACGCUGUUCCAGCUGCGGCGGCCGUUCAAGUUCAUCAGCAAGACGAGCAACUUCCUCAUCCCCAUCGUGGGGUGGAGCAUGUUCCUCACUGGCCACGUGCCGCUCAAGCGCAUGGACAAGCGCAGCCAGAUGGAGUGUCUGAAGAAGUGUCUGGAGCUGCUGCAGCAGGGCACGCCCGUGCUCUUCUUCCCAGAGGGCACCAGAACCAAGGACGGCAAGCUCUCAGACUUCAAGAAGGGUGCCUUUUCCAUAGCAGCAAAGGCAGGGGUCCCAGUGGUCCCCAUCACCCUAAUCGGCACUGGUGCCCUCAUGCCCAGCGGCCUAGAAUCCACCCUCGCUGCCACCUCCACGCUCCCGCCCCUCCCCCCUCUCGCUGCUCUCCCUGCUCCUGCUGACUCUUCCACUUCCUCCACUGCUUCACUUGCCACCAAGUCAGGGUCGCUUGGGACCAAGGGAGGGGUGGUGCGGGUGGUGGUGCACCCACCUAUCACAGGCACGGAUGCGGACAAGCUGUGUGAGCAGUCACGGGCAGUCAUUGCCUCCACUCUGCGCCAGCACGGGCUGGGAAAGAGGGUGUUGACUCACAGGAAGGAGACAGCGUUGAUUCACAGACAGGAGCGGGCAUUGACACACAAAGAGAAGAGGGCGUUGACUAUCAGGAAGGAGCGGACAUUGAUUCACAAGAAAAAGAGCACUGACUCACAGGAAGGAGAGGGCGCUGCUCACAGGAAGGAGAGGGCGCUGCUCACAGGAAGGAGAGGGCGCUGCUCACAGGAAGGAGAGGGCGCUGCUCACAGGAAGGAGAGGGCGCUGCUCACAGGAAGGAGAGGGCGCUGCUCACAGGAAGGAGAGGGCGCUGCUCACAGGAAGGAGAGGGCGCUGCUCACAGGAAGGAGAGGGCGCUGCUCACAGGAGAGAGGGCGCUGCUCACAGGAAGGAGAGGGCGCUGCUCACAGGAAGGAGAGGGCGCUGCUCACAGGAAGGAGAGGGCGCUGCUCACAGGAGAGAGGGCGCUGCUCACAGGAAGGAGAGGGCGCUGCUCACAGGAGAGAGGGCGCUGCUCACAGGAGGGAUUGGGAGUUGAGAGGGCGUAUACUCAAAGAAAUGAGAGGGAAUCACUCACAAGAAGGCAGGACCAUUGACGAACAUGAAAGAGGAGGCGUUGACCCACAGGAAAGGGAGGGUUUUGACUCACAGGAGCAGAAGGAGAUGAUCAGCCUCACGAGAAUGGCCCCUCCCUGCUCUCGCCUUGCAAACUCUCUUCUCGCUCUUGCACUCUCACCCUUCCUCCCCUCGCUGCCCACUGACCAGCUCUGCGUGUGUGCCUUGCAGGUGGAGGGGAGAGGCAGGGGUCAACACCGACACUCCCUCACGCCCCUCCCCGGUGGCCGUGCAGGUACCCGUGGGGAGGGGAGGGAGGCAGCACUGCCAGUCGCUGCCACAAGGGAGAGUAUCGAGGUGGGCUUGGCUCCUCAAGGUGCCUGUCUGUGGGGAUGGGAGGGGGGCAGCUCUGCCAGUUGCUGCCACAAGGGAGAGUAUCGGGCCACUGGGCAUCGAGAGAAGACUGUAGCAGAGAAGCUGAGUAGCAGACCAGCAGCAGCAGUUGUAGCAGCAGAAGCGGCAGCAGCAGCAGCAGCAGUGGGGGGUGGGGGGUUAGAGGCGGGCUAG